ACGCAACUCGCUUCACAAGUUGAUAAUAGCAGAAAGACCUCCGACGCCAACGAACUUAGGUGUACGUGUACAGCACUGUACACCAUACAUGAUGCUGAACAUACACUCAGUGCGAUGUGAUGCGCGCUACAACGUACGGGUACGCUUGAACACGUGCUAUGUAACGCACACUAAGAGUCUAUGGUGACAUUUAACGGGCAUCAAAAAAAUUCGCCACGCGUUGGCACCAAUCCUCUUACAGCCUUCUGCCACACAUGCGUAAAGGAAUGCAAGAAGAAGAAGCUUUUAUCCUCCGGAAAAACCUGGAACCCCUCCUUCAUUACUAGAACUUUCUGUAAUUGGAAGGAUCUGAACACAGAUUGACUGCAUUUGGUGUUUUCAGUGUUAUUGACUCAUAAUUAAUUAAGGUUAGACUAAAUCAGCAGUACGUGUGCGUUUCAGCUAGAGCUAAUAGAAAAUUUGAUUAUUCACGCCAACUGGUGUUUGUGAGUACCUGUACACGCCCAGUCAACCAACUCCUAGCGUGCGCUAAGCCACACCCUCUAACGCAAGCUAGGCCGCUCCACUUUCAAGUUCUUUCUUCCGUCCGGCCUAUUAUUUUAACCUAGCCGUAUAUGGUGUUAAUUAAUACAAAUAACGGUAGUCUAAAUGGUUAAUAAUUGUGGGACCUUCAAGGGCGUCACGUCUUAGGGGCUAGAGAGGGCGCUAGCCCCCCCACUUUUUUAGGGCGUGGCUUGCUAUAUUUUGAGUCAAUUCUAUUUUCAACGUUAAUUAAACAGAAGUGUAGCUUGUCUUUAGCUAAAUUAGCUGAUUCAGCAUAGAUGUAGUACUGCUAUGAAGGACUGCCUGGAAAUCGAGGCUAAAGCACCCGGAUACGGAAAAUGUCAGCGGGAGACAGCUGUCACAGCAGCAGCUCUGUCAGCCUCAGCAGCGACAAGAACACAAAGCGGAAAGGACAGAAACUCCUUACCACCUUUCUAAGAUCAAGAACUUCCCUGCAGCCAGAGUCGUCUCACUCCAAGUCUUUGUCAUCUUUUUGUACGUCAAGGUUCGACGAUACAGCUAGUUCUAUCGUGACUGUGACUGUCUCUACUAGUACUACUGCUAGUGAAUCUGGCCCGAAAGAUUCUGUGUGUCAUGCGUUUGAUCCUUGCCGAGGUCCAACUGCUUGUUCUGUGACCAAUGGCCCGUAUCAACCUUGUGCAAAAGAACUGCCGCAUGGGAAAUUUCCUCAGACGAAAUCUGGCACUUGUAAUAGGUCCUUUCAACCACACUGGUACACACAAUUUUGCUGGCUUGAGUACAGCCUUGCAGCGGAUUCCGCGUUCUGCUUUCCUUGUCGGCUGACAGUAAAGCAUAACCUGGAUAAACAAGGUUGUCCAGACCAAGCGUUCGUGAGUAGAGGUUUCAGGAAGUGGAAGUCAGCAGUAGCUGACAUGAGGCGUCACGAGGAAUCUUUGAGUCAUAUUUCAAAUGUUGGAGUGUGGAAGAAUAGCCAACAGCAGGAUGCAACCAGAGGAAGUGUUAUGCAACAGUUGAGUACAGCCUACCAGACACAAGUAGAGCUGAACAGACGCAAUUUACGUAAAAUUUUUGAAGUAAUUUUUUUAAUGGGAAGACAAAACAUCCCAUUGAGAGGCCACGAUGAAUCUAAAGAUUCUCACAACAGAGGAAAUCUGCUGGAAUUUCUUGAAUAUCUGUCACGGUACUGCCCUGACUUAAAACGCCAUUUGGAAGGAAACUUUCACUACGUAAGCCCCAAAAGCCAAAACGACAUGUUGAAACUCAUUGCAUCUAACAUUCAGAAGAGAAUUACGACAGCUGUCAAACACUGCGGCUUCUUUGGACUAAUAUGUGACGAGUCACAAGACAUAUCAAGGGUAGAACAAAUGUCUGUCAAUGUAAGGUUUGUAACAGACAGCCUGAAUGUAGAGGAGAGGUUUCUUGGAUUUUGGCCUUUAAAAGGUACUGACGGAGAAAGUCUGUUUCAGCAACUGACGCAAGUUUUGCUUGAGACGGGCCUAUCAAUGUCUAUGGUACGGGCACAGUGUUAUGAUGGAGCGUCAAGCAUGUGCGGGAAGCACUCAGGUUUAGCUACCAGGCUUCAGGAGGUCGAGAAGAAAGCUGGAUAUGUGCAUUGCCAUGCCCACAGAUUGAACCUCAGUCUUCAAAACAGCUGCGAGAACGUUACAGAUGUGCGAAACGUUCUAGGUGCUGUUUCCAGUCUCUAUAAUUUACUUGAAGGAUCAGCCAAGAGACAUGAAAAGUUUCAAGAUGUGCAACGAAGACAGAACGAAGGAAAGGGCCCGCAAGCAGUACUCCAACGACCAUGUCAUACUAGGUGGGGUUCCAGGCACGCAGCAGUCCAUACUGUUAGGCAACAGUUUGCAUCAAUUCUGAUUGCUCUGGACGAACUCUCUGACGAUGCUGCGAUCGGAAGUGAAGCUCACUGUUUACUGACUGUUGUAUCUUCAUUCAAUUUUCUCUUCUAUGUGUCCGUUCUAGACACUCUACUAGGAUUAAUCUCUCAUCUAUCCCAGUACCUGCAGGGAGAGAACGUAGAUCUUCAGGCAGCAAAAAGAUCAGCUGAUAGCGUCAUUGCUACUCUACAAAGUUUCAGAACAAAUGAAAGUUUUGAGAAUUUCUGGCAGUCAUCGGAGAAAGAGAGUAAAGCAAAAAACCUGACUCCACCAGCUCUCCUUCGAGCUCGUCGACCUUCUCACCGAAUUGACGAACGAAGCACGACCCAAUAUCAGCCACUGUCACCAAAAGAACGUUAUCGACAAGCAUAUUAUGAAUUAUUGGAUAUCAUGGUAUCAGACCUAACUCGACGCUUUUGUAGCAAAGAUUACCGUGUGUUCUGUGGAAUUGAGAAGUUGUUGUCCGAGUCAGUCUCGUUAUCGGCGCCAGAUCAGUCGCUUGUGAGUGAGAUAUUACACUUUUACACAGGUGACUUUGACAACACUCAGUUCACGUCUGAAAUAAGAGUAUUUUACAAUUAUUCUAAACUGCACUUUUCUAAAGACGUUGUGGAGACCGGCAACAUAGGUGCUCUUGCUCGUCAGUUUGUUUCUCUCCGUUGCACAGAAUUGUUUCCCCAAGUCUUCAAACUGUUCAAGUUGUUUCUCUGCAUUCCUGCUACAUCUUCAACUGCAGAGCGGUCGUUUUCUGCUCUAAGGCGACUAAAAUCAUGGCUGCGAACUAGGAUGGCUGACGAGCGCCUCCGGUCCCUUGCUCUGAUGUGCUUCGAAUGCGACAUUGCUAAGGAACUGGAGAGUAAUAUUGAUGAUCUUGUUUCACAAUUUGGUGCUCUUUGUGACAGACGUCUUUCUCUACAAUAGUUAGUAAACUUUUUGUAAUGUUGAUAUUAAAAAGAAUUUAAUAUAUAUGACGCCAUGAAUUACGUCACAUAUCUCAGCUUCAAAUUUGCGCCCCCCCACUUUUGGGACCCAUGUGACGCCCUUGGGACCUUUCGUAGGUUUCAAGUGGUACGGUAAUAGAUUCUAUGUCUAUCAUAUUGUAGUUUAGUACCUUUGAUUCAGCCAUGGCCAAAUGCGGCCCCUGGGCAUUUUUUGUGGCCCUCAGACACUCCCCUUUCUAAAGA